ACCGACUUCUCCACGGGUUAUGGAGCGUACGGACAGUCGGGGUCAUUUUUCGCCACGGGCAACCAAUACUCCACUUCUUCCGAAGCCGGUCCGAUCGCACCAUCAUAAGUUUAGGGCUGCUGGUCACGUUCUUCAUCCUCUUGUUGGUCAUUUCCGUCGGAGUCGUGCUGGCCUUCUAUCUAGGGGAGCCCUCUAGCACUACGGAAGUUCUAGGAGAAGCUGAAGCGCGCCCCGGCACUGAUCUGGGGGCGAAAAUCACAGCCCACAAGACGGGCCGUGGAAGAACUGUCAAGGAACCUUAUGUAGAGCCAAUGGCGCCUGAGGUCAGGAUACCAGUACCCGCACAAGAUUCACAGACUUCUGUGGCCCUCCCCAUUUCACCACCAACCGUGGCUACCCGUCGGAGUGGCAUGAUGUUCUGCGUCGUAGGCGAUGGUCUUGCGUCCGCAGAACUCUUCAGGAAGAAUUUCUGCGACUACAUCGUCUAUCCCGACCUUGUGGCACAAGGAGGAGAAUUCGUUCCCCUGCUCGGAAAAGUCUCCUGGAACGUUUUCCAAGCGGGCGCCAAGGUUAAUAGGGACGUAGGGCUGGGUCUCAGCUUCUCAGCCGUCGGAAUCGGGCAACAUGGCAGCACGCUUGACUCCCUCCCCAGCAUGGCCACCCAGCUUGCUGGCUUCGUGCAGACGAUGAACGUGACAGCCAUGGGUGUCCUCAACUUCCCGCGCCACCUAGGCACAAAGGCCAAUACCCUGGCACCUGCGUUCCAGGCUUUUGCCAACGCUGUGUCACAGCAGCGUCACACGGAGCCCAUGACAUUCUUGGGCGUAUGGCUGUACAAGGAAGCUACGGCUCGGGAGUUUGCGUCUGAAGUGGCCACCAUGACGCACAUCAACACGAUCAUCAUUCAGACCCAUAUAUCGGUGCCGUUCCGCGCGGGACACACGUGUAUAUCUCGCCCUAUAUGCGCGAUGGCUGCCAGCGAUUUACGCCCCAGCUUUGAGGUCGCCCAACAAGCCGAGUCUUUCUUGCGGUCACGAGGCGACAAGUUCCGCAUCGUAUUCUCGUCCACGCUCGGCGUCAUGGUCUACGUUGGCCAGGCCUUUAGAAAGCAGCCAUCAGGCCCUUACGAUGCCUGCGACAGCUCCUACAUGGCUGGCAGGGACUUCCUGUGUAGCGGAGGCACCACGUCCUUGGGAUUAGAGAUGUACGACAAGGACGAAAUGUACACCUACGUUAUCUAUCAAGAUGGCUCCAACCAGCACUUUGUCACCUACGAGACGACGAAUUCCUUGCUAGACAAGAUGAAUUUAUACAUCGAAACAAUUUCCGACGGCUGGGCGUUAUUCGAGGCACACCGUGACAGCGCUCAGGGCUGCGCCAUUCAAGAGCACUACCAACGUCUAGAAAUGGUGCAGUUUAAUGCACGUAAUCGGAGUCGAAACAGUCUUCGGUGAUGCGGCUACCUGGCAGUGUGCGACCACAUGGAGGCCGCCGCUAGUUGUCACGACUGCGCGCAUGUGUGGCCGACAGUUCGCGCUGCCAGUUGCACCACGACCAAGGGGUACACAGCCGUGCACUCCCAGCU